AUGAAAGCUUGCGAACCCGAACGCAUCGAGACCUUUCGAUGGUUGGCACAUCACGUCAUGAUCUCCAAUGCAUGGAGUCUCGAAAUGCCACCUCCAGCAAAAUACAAAAAAGGUCAACACCUUCAAUCUCUCCUGGAGCAGCCAUGGGGAGAGCGGCCAGCGGGAAUCCACUUGCAGGUGCAAUCGGAGCCGCUUCUGAGCUGGGAGCAGACGCGUUGGAAGGCCUUCCGAAAGGCUUGCAGCUGGCUGGCCACUGCCAGGAGUCGGGCCUCCGUGGAAGUGGCAGAGAGGCACUUCCGGAGCUUCCAUGCCAAUUCCUUGAGGAGCAUCUUAUUAUCCACAGCGCAGUGGCCUGUCUUUGACCUCCUCCAUCGCCUAGCGCGCCGCCCUCGCUUGGACGACGACCUCAGCCUCGAGGACGAGGACGCGCGACAGGGGGCGGAGAGCGAGGAGUCGACUUGGCCGGCAGGCUCUGUGGAAGCUGGGCAGCAGAGACUUUCACCCGCUUUGGUGCUCGAGUACUACAGACUCUUUCACGUGGUCACCAGCCUCUUCAGCCUCUUUCGUCUCCACUGGUGGGUCUCCCACGGGACGUUGAUCGGUGCCCUGCGCGACGGCGGCCUCUCGCGCCAUGCGGACGACUGCGAGGUGGAUCUGCCGGAGAAGGAAGUGGAGAUCCUGCAGAGCCCAGCCAUGCUGGCGAGAUUGAGCAGGAAUGGAUAUGAGUUGAGCUAUGACCCUCGGGGGCGAUGCUUCAAAGUGUGGCCCGGAGGAUCUGCUCGCGCCGACGCGCGGGAAGCGCAGCUGGUGGACCAGAGCUGGUGGCUGCCGCAGCAGCGCGUGGGGACGCCUUCGUUGGACAUCUAUUUGGUGCAAACACCGGAGGAUGGACGUGCUGAACGCAUGUACAUCUCCAACGACGUCUUUCACUGCAACGAAUUGAGUUGCCAGCAGUACUGGAAUCGUUGGGAGCUCCAGAGCUUCUACGAGGUUCCCUUUGGUCUCACCGUGGCCCGGGUCCCUUCGGGCGCUGCCAGCUACCUGGAGCGUGUUUACGGUUGGGACUGGAACAUCACCGUGCGGCCACAUGGCUGGGCCUCGCAGCAUGGGGAGGGCUUCGAAGCCAAAGAGGUGGCCAGCCUCCACAAGCGUGCCGCUGAGCCGUUUGGACCUUUGCCGCAUGUGCUGUGA